UUUAUAGUUAGGGGUCUAUAACAGCGGGGACAUCCCGUGGUCAGGUGUAUGGCCACGGAAUUACAUUUUCCAGACUCUAUGCCCUGUCACAACCAGCAAGUAAAUUCUGCCUCUACCCCAAGUCCUGAGCCACCGCGACCUGGCGACCCGAUCUUGGAACAUGCCCUGGGAAGCAGCGCCUCCUUGGCCAAGCUGGCUCUUUUCAUGGGGUACAACCCUUCCAGUGUACCAGCCGAGGGGGAUCCCCAGGCCUGUGGCGGAGCCAGCCUCAACUCCAAGAGCAACAGUGGCAACAAUGGCAGUGGCAACAAUGACGCACCAGCCGGUGAUCCCCUCCUAGGGGACUGCGAACUCUCCUGGCAGAUGGGGGCGCAGCUUAAAUUGCUGCCUAUGAAUGAUCAGAUCCGGGAGCUGCAGACUAUCAUCCGGGACAAGACAGCCAGUAGAGGGGACUUCAUGUUUUCUGCGGAUCGUUUGAUCAGACUUGUUGUGGAAGAGGGAUUGAAUCAGCUGCCAUAUAAAGAAUGCAUGGUGACUACUCCAACAGGGUACAAGUAUGAAGGAGUGAAAUUUGAGAAGGGAAAUUGCGGGGUGAGCAUAAUGAGAAGCGGUGAGGCAAUGGAGCAAGGUUUACGAGACUGCUGUAGAUCCAUAAGAAUUGGGAAGAUCCUAAUUCAGAGUGAUGAGGAGACACAACGAGCCAAAGUAUAUUAUGCCAAGUUCCCCCCAGACAUUUACAGGAGAAAAGUCCUUCUGAUGUAUCCAAUUCUCAGCACUGGGAAUACUGUAAUUGAAGCUGUAAAGGUUCUUAUAGAACAUGGAGUUCAACCGAGUGUUAUCAUCCUACUCAGUUUAUUCUCUACUCCUCAUGGUGCCAAAUUAAUCAUUCAAGAGUUUCCAGAGAUCACAAUUUUAACUACUGAAGUUCAUCCUGUUGCACCUACACAUUUUGGACAGAAGUACUUUGGAACAGACUAAAAAACUGAAGAAAAAUGAAUCAUAUUGUGUCAUAUUACAGCUAUGUUUUGAAUUUCUACUUGUUUUACUAAUACACUGAGGAAAGACAAAAUUGUGUUAGAGAUGCUUUUUAAUUUUGGAAAUGGAUAUAGUAAAAAGAAGUAUUUGAAGUUUAUUUACUUUAUUUGGUUGGCACCCAAUCCAUAAUGAGACACAUACAACUCUUAGAAAA